AGCUCAUCGAAUAAUUUGGCAACGCUGGUGUAAAAGGCGUUUAGGUAGCGGGCGUCGGGAUUUAAUAAAGUUUAUUAAUUUUACAGCCGCUGAACAACGUUUGCAAAAAGUGUAAAAAUGAAGAAAACCAAACCGAUACUUCACGACCCUUUGAUAAUCAAUCGUGUAAAACAGUAUCUAGAAGAAAAUGUUGAUAAGAAAUUUUUGGAUGUAAGUGUUAUGACAAGACAAUUGAUGGAGCGUUAUCCAGAAUAUACGCGUCGCAAGCAAGCGCCUUUUCGGGCUCUAGUUGAGCAGGCUUACCGUGUUGUAUCACAAAGCUAUGGUUUGGAAAGUCAGCCGUCAAGUGCAGAUGAAUCGGAUGGUUCUGAUUUGGAAGUAAUGGAUGACUCUGUUUCGGGCAAUUUGAUGAACAAUUUAAUGAACAAUCUGUAUCAAAAACCCAAGGGGAACGCUUCAAAGCCUACAGCAGCAAAGCAAUCUGCCGGCGAAGCAAUUGACAUUAGUAGCGAUGAUGACAGUGCGGAUGAUAAUUGUACCAAUGGUAAAUCAUCGGAUGGUAAUGUGAAUGCGUCAAGCACAGCAAAAUCAUUCUCCGGUGUUAUUCUUACAAAAAGCAAUGCGCCAGUGGAAUCAUCUUCUAAGGGGUCAUCUACAUCAGCCACUACGGAAACUACCGGUGUGUUGUCUGUAACAUCUGGUGCUCAGAAGCGUCAUGAAUUUACCGAGUCCACUGAUCCACAACAGCAACCAAACAAAAAGCAAAAGAACGAUAGGACUGCUCUGCCAUACGAACGGAGUCAAAAUGAUCAUCAACCGCAGGGCAUGCGUCAGCAUUUACAGCAGCAGCAGCAGCAACAGAACCAGCGUUUCAGUCGCUUGACAAAUUGUGCGCAAGCCAGCGAUCCUGCUUCAGGCCCCUUUCCAACUUUGGGUUCAAAUCAGUUGAAUCAAUUACGUCAACGCAAAUUCAAGAAAGAGGUUGUAUUACGAAAGUCACGUGAAACUUUUCAAGAUAUUGGUGGCAUGGAGAAAACUUUGAAAGAGCUCUGUGAAUUAUUAAUGCAUAUUAAAUCGCCGGACAUUUAUUUCGUUUUGGGCCUGAUGCCGCCACGUGGUUUGCUAUUACAUGGGCCGCCAGGGUGUGGUAAAACUUUACUUGCACAUGCAAUUUCUGGGCAACUCAAUUUGCCGCUUAUAGAAGUCGCAGCUACAGAACUGAUUGCUGGCGUAUCGGGGGAGUCGGAAGAACGUAUACGAGAUGUUUUUGAGCAAGCAACUAUUUAUGCCCCUAGCGUUUUGUUUAUCGACGAAAUUGACGCUAUUUCAUCGAAUCGCUCUAUGGCACAAAAAGAUAUGGAAAGAAGAAUUGUAUCACAAUUGAUUAGCAGCUUAGAUAAUUUGAAGAUGACAGAAGACGGGCAAAGUGUAUUGGUAAUAGGGGCGACUACACGACCUGAUGUGCUUGAUCCAGCAUUACGUCGAGUUGGACGGUUCGAUCAUGAGGUUGCUAUAGGCAUUCCAUCGCGUAAGGAUCGCAAAGAUAUAUUGACAAUAAUUUGUUAUGGACUCUCGGUGGAUCCAAAGUGUGACUUUGAUAAAAUAGCAGAGCUAACACCAGGUUAUGUUGGCGCUGAUCUCUUGGCACUUGUUUCACGUGCUGCAACUAUAGCUGUGAAGAAAAAAUGUGCUGAGUGUAUUCGCGCAUUCCAGUUAGAAUCGCAACGCAACAUUACCAUCGUCGAUUUGGACGAUGAGGCCGACGAAAGCGCAGACGUCAGCAGCAAACAAGCAGAUCAAAGCAAAUCUGGCAAAGAUGAAGUCUCGAAUGAAACCAAUUCCAAAUCAAAAGAAGAAACAGUAAAUGAAGAGCAAUCAAAGGACAAGAACAGCGAUGCAAAAGAGGCAGAUGCUGACGCUGAGAAAAAAACGGAAAGUAAUACCAAUGGAUCGGCAAAGGAAACGUCAUCAAAUCCAGGUAAAAAAGACACAGAAGCAAUGGAUGUUGAUGAUGAAGACCAAGAGUCCACUAAAGGCGAAGAAAAUACAAACAAUACCACAAAAGUACAAGUGGCUGACAGUAGCGAAAAACCCACUGAAGAGGUUUCUACCAACGAGCAGAGUAAAUCAAAUGAAUCCACAAAUUCGACAUCGAAGUUAGAAACUAUAGCCGACACACAGAAUUCUUCAGAACCAUCACUUUUAGAACUCUUAAAUUGGCUGGAUAAUCCCCCUUCGGAUUUGUCAUACGCUACCGAAUUCUGCAUAACAGUGGAUGAUUUCUUAGAAGCAGUGAAAGUUGUACAACCGUCAUCGAAACGUGAAGGCUUUAUAACAGUGCCUGAUGUAACGUGGGCCGAUGUCGGUUCAUUACAUGAUAUACGUGAAGAGUUGCAAUUGGCAGUGCUGGCACCAGUGAAAUUUCCCGAGAAGUUAAUUACUUUAGGUUUGACGGCGCCUUCCGGUGUGUUGCUGUGUGGCCCGCCAGGUUGUGGUAAAACUUUACUUGCCAAAGCUAUAGCCAACGAGGCAGGCAUCAAUUUUAUAUCAGUUAAGGGACCGGAGUUAAUGAAUAUGUAUGUGGGUGAAAGCGAGCGUGCAGUGCGCGCGUGUUUCCAACGGGCACGUAACUCGGCGCCAUGUGUAAUUUUCUUUGAUGAGUUUGAUUCUUUGUGUCCGAAGCGGUCGGAUAAUAAUGAAGGUGGUUCGGGAACGCGUGUUGUCAAUCAAUUACUUACAGAAAUGGAUGGUGUUGAAGAACGUAAAGGAGUCUACAUUUUGGCAGCAAGUAAUCGGCCAGACAUAAUAGAUCCAGCUAUACUACGUCCCGGACGUUUGGAUACUAUACUCUAUGUAGGGCUGCCGCAGAAAGAAGAGCGCGUGGAAAUACUAAAAGCUACAACAAAGAAUCGUACACGACCUGAAUUAGCUGAUGAUGUAGACUUUGCUGAACUAGCCGAAAACUCUGAUGGUUAUACCGGUGCUGAUUUGGCUGGCCUAGUGCGGCAAGCAGCAAUGUUGGCCCUGAAAGAGUCUAUACAAAAUCCGGAUUCUACAGAUUUACGUGUACGAAAGGAACAUUUUGAUCAAGCGCUGAAACUAUUGCGACCUUCAGUUACUCCACAGGAUCGCAAAAAUUACGAAAAAUUGCGUUUAAAGUACGCUGCACCGAGAAUCCCCACAACUGCGACAGAUAAUGCAGAAUAAAUAUUUUAGAAAUGAAUAUAACAAAAUAGUUCGCGAUAGAUUACGAUUAAAAAAGGAUAAUUGUUGUAGCUCAUCGCAUCAGCAACUAUAAAAUAUGCGUUUUUAAUACAUAAAAAUACAUUACUCAAUCCGAUUGGCGUUACUAUCCUUGUUCCGGCAUCUCAUCCAUGUACAAGUUCUAGCUUAGUUUUCAGCAAGUGUUUAGAGUAUGACUUGAAUUUAAUUUUCCGUUAACAAUUCACGUUGUGAAUUAAAUUUCGUUAUAUGUAUUUUGUAAAUCAUAAAAACAUUUACUUAUGGAUUAUAAAUAAAGCGAAAUGUGCAUGUCUAAAGGUAUGCAACAGAUGAA